GUGAGAGAGAGAGUGUGUGUGUGGGGAAGAGAGAGAGUGUGUGUGUGAGAGAGGAAGAGAGGUGUGGACACAGUAGAGGUGUGUUCUCUUCCACUCACCAGCUCUCUCGGUGUGUGUGUCUCUCUCUCUCUCUCUCUCUCCCCCCGUCUCUGUGUCUAUCAGUGACUCUCAGUGUCUCUCAGUGUCUCUCUGUGUCUCUCUGUGUCUCGCUGUGUCUUUCUGUGUCUCUCAGUGACUCUCACUGUCUCAUGGCGGAGCCAAGGGUCCACACCUGGAUCAUUAGUCAGGAUUUGAAGUGAAGAAGCAGUUGAAGACAUGAGGACAGAGUUUGGACGAGGAGGAGGCGGAGCCAACACUCUGCUGCUGCUGCUGCUGCUGCUGCUGAGCAGCCACCACUGCUGCUGCUCCUCUACACCAGCAACCAGGAGAGUGUGUCAGGGGAUGAGUAACCAGCUGACGCUGUUGGGCACUCGUGAAAAUCACUAUAGCAACAUGGUGAAGGUGUACGGUAACUGCACCAUGGUCCUGGACAACCUGGAGAUUACAUACACGCAGGAGCACAUGGACCUGACCUUCCUGCAGUCCAUCCAGGAAGUGAGUGGUUACGUCCUGAUCGCCAUGAACGAGGUGGCCACCAUCCCACUGGUCAAUCUGAGGCUGAUCCGAGGUCAGAACCUGUACGAGGGUCAGUUCUCUCUGCUGGUGAUGUCCAACUACAUGAAGAACCACUCGUCUAUCACCAACAACUACACCAGUGGCCUGAGGCAGCUGCAGCUCAGCAGCCUGACCGAGAUUCUGAAAGGAGGUGUGAAAAUUACCCACAAUCCCCUGCUGUGUAACACUGCCACCAUCCAAUGGUGGGACAUUCUGGACGACAUCAACCCCCGCCUGGUUUUCAAGGACACGUCCAUCCAGAAAUGUGAGAAGUGUGACCCCAGGUGUGUUAACGGUUCAUGUUGGGCAGCUGGUCCAGAACACUGUCAGAGAUUCACUAAACUACUGUGUGCCAAACAGUGCAGCCGAAGGUGUCAAGGUCCGAAACCGAAUGACUGCUGUAACGAACACUGUGCCGCCGGCUGCACGGGACCACAAGCCACCGACUGUCUGGCCUGCAGGGAGUUUAAUGAUGACGGAACGUGUACAAACCGGUGUCCUCCUCUGUCCUUCUACAACCACAAAACUCACCAGGUGGAGAAAAACCCCAACGCCAAGUUCAUGUUCGGGGCAACCUGUGUUGCUGCCUGUCCACAUAACUACGUGGUGACGGACGGUUCCUGUGUAAGAACCUGUGGUGCCGGAAUGUACGAGGCUGAGGAGAGCGGAGUCCAGCGCUGUAAGACGUGUGACGGACCAUGUCCCAAAGCCUGUGACGGCAUCGGAGUCGGCACUCUGACUAACAGCAUGGCAGUGAACGCCUCCAACAUUGAGUCCUUCAGGAACUGUACGAAAAUCAACGGAGACAUUUCAAUCAUCCCAACAUCGUUUUCCGGGGACGGGCACUAUAAGAUCCCACCCAUGGACCCAGCGAAACUGGAGUAUUUCAGAACUGUGAAGGAGAUCACUGGUUACCUGCUGAUCCAGGCGUGGCCAGAGAACCUGACGUCUCUGUCUGUAUUCGAGAACCUGGAGAUCAUCAGAGGGAGAACAACGCGCUCUCAAUACAGUCUGGCGGUGGUCCGAGCUCACGGCCUGCGUUGGCUCGGCCUUCACUCGCUGAAGGAAGUGAGCGCUGGAAGAGUGAUGCUGCGGAACAACAUCCGUCUCUGCUACACCAGAGCAGAACAGUGGACCCCUCUCUUCAGAUCCACUGACCAGAUCACCAACAUGGGCAACAAUGCGCCUCCUGACGUCUGCGAAAAACAAAAUCAAACCUGCGACGACGAGUGCACGGAUGCUGGCUGCUGGGGUCCAGGUCCAAACAUGUGUGUGUCCUGUCAACACUUUGACCGCAGGGGGCGCUGUGUCUCCUCCUGUAACCUGCUGCAGGGCGCCCCCAGAGAGGUGGAGGUGAACAGUAGCUGUGUUGAGUGUCACCCAGAGUGUCUGCUGAAGACGGGAGAACCGACCUGCCACGGUCCAGGUCCAGACCACUGUUCUCAGUGCAUUCACGUCAUGGACGGCCCUCACUGCGUCCCUCGCUGUCCACGUGGCGUCCCAGGAGACGAAGACACGCUGAUCUGGAAAUAUCCAGACAACAGGGGUCAGUGUCAGGCGUGUCACCAGAACUGCACUGAGGGGUGUUCUGGUCCUGGACUCUCUGGAUGUACAGGUGCUGUCACACACUCCACGUGGGCGGUGGCCGUGGUUGGCGGACUCCUCCUCCUCGUCAUUGUGUCAUUGGUGGUUUUUCUGCUGCUGCGGAGAAAACGGAUCCGGAGGAAGAGGACGGUGCGGCGCCUCCUUCAGGAGAGAGAGCUGGUCGAACCGUUGACUCCCAGCGGUGAAGCUCCAAACCAGGCUCUGCUGAGGAUCCUGAAGGAGACCGAGUUUAAGAAGGUCCGUGUCCUCGGCUCCGGAGCUUUUGGCACCGUCUUUAAGGGUCUGUGGACUCCUGAAGGUGAGAACGUGAAGAUCCCAGUCGCCAUCAAAGUUCUCAGAGAGGCCACGUCACCUAAAGCCAACCAAGAAAUUCUGGAUGAGGCGUUAGUCAUGGCGAGCGUAGAUCACCCUCACGUGUGUCGUCUGCUGGGAAUCUGCCUGACGUCGUCGGUGCAGCUGGUGACGCAGCUGAUGCCGUACGGCUGCUUGUUGGACUACGUCCGAUAUCACAGGGAGCAGGUGGGAGCGCAGUGGCUGCUCAACUGGUGUGUCCAGAUCGCCAAGGGGAUGAGUUACCUGGAGGAUCGUCACCUGGUUCAUCGUGACCUGGCGGCGAGAAACGUCCUGGUGAAAACUCCAAAUCACGUCAAGAUCACAGACUUCGGUCUCGCCAAACUACUGACGUCUGACGAGAAAGAGUACCACGCUGAUGGAGGGAAGGUUCCUAUCAAGUGGAUGGCGUUAGAGUCCAUCCUGCAGUGGACGUACACUCAUCAGAGCGACGUGUGGAGCUAUGGUGUGACCGUGUGGGAGGUCAUGACCUUUGGCUCAAAGCCGUACGAUGGGAUUCCGGCCAGUGAGAUCUCGUCGGUGCUGGAACGAGGAGAACGACUUCCUCAACCACCGAUCUGCACCAUAGACGUCUACAUGAUGAUGGUCAAGUGUUGGAUGAUUGAACCGUCCAGUCGUCCAAGGUUCAGAGAGCUGGCAGUGGAGUUUUCAAAAAUGGCCAGAGACCCGUCCAGAUACCUGGUCAUACAGGGCGACCUGCCCAGUCCGUCGGACAGCAGGUUUUACUCUCGACUGCUGAGCGCCGACGACACUGAGGACAUGGUCGAUGCAGAAGAGUACCUGCUACCUUAUAAAGGAAUGGGUAACCAUGACGACCAACCCUGCGACCCCACGAAUGGUGGAGUGGUUGCUGUGAGAUACAUCACCGAUCCCACUCACAACUCACUGGAGAAAGAUGACGUCACUGAUCACGAGUACAUGAACCAGAGCAUGGGUGAGACCAGCAGCAGACUCUCUGAGGUCUGCAACCUCAACUAUGAGGACUUGAGCCCGGGUUGGGGCGCUGCCUCGCUCCCUCUGUCACAGCGGGAUCCCAGACCAGAAUACCUGAACACCAUGCAGAACUUCCUGCCCCUGUUGGCCGGCGACAGCCUGGACAACCCGGACUACCAGGCGGACUUCCUGCCUCAGGGCAACGCCACGGCAACCACUUCCUUUACCGGUAACGGCAAGUUCCUUCCAGCGGUGGAAAACCUGGAGUAUCUGGCUCAGGGUGCUGCACUGCACACUGCUGUCCGCUAGAGGGCAGCAGAUUCAGACAGAGAAGCUCACCUGUGCAUCAGGAUCCAGACGAACUUGAUCUCUGCGUUUGUCAAGUCGUGUCAGUAUUUGUACGGAAAACAAAGAGCGUGGAAAUGAACAGUAUUUAAAAAUGUAAAUGUAGCAUUUAAUAAUUAUGUCAAAGAAACCUUGUAUUAUGAGCACAGUGACGCCCCAUGCUGGAGGUGUGAGCUUCUGCAGUUCUUUCUCAGUCUCAUUUAACGUUUACGAUGACUCUGAGCUAGCUUUUUCCUGUAGGGAUAUAAAUUUAAGAUGCUAGCUAUUCACAAAAACCUAGCUUCUAACUGGCACUUAGCAUUUUGUCCAGCUAGCCUGUUGUUGUUUGAAUAAAUGAUCGUUAGCUCGUCCCGAUAUUACGUAGGCAGUAUCUGUUGCCCCCGAUAUUGUAAUUUCACAUCGUCAACUUUUGAAAACUCUGCCCCCUACUGGUGAACCUAGAUAUAAAGCUAACAUUAAACAACACAAACAAUCUUUACUUUAAAUACUUAGACGUAGAUAUUUCUUAUAAAUGCUAAACAGUGUGUCGUUAAAAACUUGUGCACAGGAAGUGACUGUUUGAAUGUUAUAUAAAUAUAUAAAUAUUAAUGUUCAUGUGAUAAUUGAGUAAAGAGUGUUUUAAUUCAUUUGAAGUGACAAACUCUAAAAUAUUCAACAAACUGUGUCCGAUAACGUUCUCUGGACUUUUCUGUUCAUGUACAAAGAUUGCAGAAGGAGAUCGUCCAGAAAACCCAGAGCGAGGGGGGGGGGGGGGGGCGGAGCCUGGGCCAAUGUGUAGGAAGAGUUUCACUCCAACGUUGACUGCAAGAUCUGGGAAACUGUACGGAGUACUUACAUACAGUGCCUCCUGCUGGACAGUUUCAGGAAGUUCAAUGAACAAACUGUCGUCACAUGACUUGAAAUAAUUUGUUUGUUUUUUCAGGAUUUUGAGCCAAACCCUGGAUUAUUAAUCCAGGAUCAUUUGUUUUUCCAUAUUCAAUUUAUAAUCAGAAAUUGCAAAAUAAAGUUGCAAAAAUUGUUACCUCGUUAUUAUGUAUGUAGCAAAUAAUUCCACUGAACGCGAUAUUUAUGCUGCGUUCAGUUUACAUCGGAAGUCAGAAAUGGGAACAAUGUCACCCCGAGUUCACACGUUCCGGUCAAGAAGUCGGAAAAAAAUCAAAGGAACCAUUGUUAGCGAUAGCAGUCGAUAACAUGAUAUUUCGCUCACGAGAUCAUUGUAGCAACAUGUUUACGAAUAAAAAUGGAAAAGUACGACGUGUACGACAGAUUUUUAUUGUGAAAAAAAACACAAAACAAGAAGUGAAAUCAUCGGUGAAAGUCGCAGUGUAUGUAUCGAGGGCGGCCAUCUUGGAAAUCCUAUGUCGGAGUCGCAGUCCUUAACCUCGGAAAUUCAGAAAUCUCAGGGAAAAUGUUUGACAUAACAUGAAAAUAACACAGUGAGGUAACGAUGAAAUGCGAUGAAAUGAUUAGAGAAAAUAAAUUUGAAAUUAUUUAAAUAAAAUGUCGUCGCACUGAAUGUUUUUUUUUUCACUGUAAAUGUUAUUAAAUGUGAGCUAACCUGCUAA